AUGGUGGAUCACCAUAUCAAUCCACCGCCCCAUCUAGCACGGUCGCAGCACCUGCACCACAGCCUCCACCACCUCAUCAUCAUUCAGAUAAUAACCGUACUGUUUUGUAGUAAUCAGGUGGCUUCCGCACCAUUGGGAGGCAAGCGUGGGGAGGAGGCCGCACGGACAUCCGAUGGACUGGUGAGGAAGUACGAGGAGCAUGAGGACUCAUGCUACAGUUGCUGCUGGAGCUCUUCAGAUGCCUGGGUCUUCGCCUCUGUGUCCUUCGACGGGAAGCUGGUUGUCAAUCGGGUUCCGGAUGAGGAGAAGUACCGGAUCCUUAUGUAA